CAUCAAACUGCAUUAUUUUUUUUCCGGUUAUCUUACGAACGGCACUACAGUAGUUCAGCAGAAAGGAACCUUUCUCCUGAAUGAAGUCGACGAGGUCAUCACAGUGGUAAAUUCACGACGAAGGUGUACUUUGAGCGGAAAAUCAAGACUAUUCUAAAACUCGAAAACCAAAGAGAGAACAAUGACCGAAAUCGGCUUGGGAGACCUUACCUGGACGUUGGCGACAAUGUGUGCUUGGAUGUUAGGUGUUGGGAUAACUCUAUUUCUGUGUUUAGGACUGGUGUAUCUGGUGUAUCUUCGUCAUGUUAACAGGGGUACAAGAAAUUUCUGGCCAGCAUCCGUUAAACUCGAUGGCAAAAUCGCUGUUAUUACGACCAAUGGCAAUGAUAUCGGCAUGGAAGCGGCCAGGCAGAUGGCAGCUAGAGGAGCUCGGAUAGUCCUCGCCUGCAGUGACCUGAGGAAAGUGAACGAAGCCAAGGUCGACGCCAUCAGCUCCAGCCACGUUCCGCAGGUGAUCUGGAGGCACUUGGACACCUCCUCCCUGGCCUCUGUUAAUGACUUCGUGAACGCCUUCGUCAGGAGAGAAGAGAGGAUAGAUAUACUGGUAAUGGCAGCGUGUACCGGCGGGGCUGCCACUCGAGAGCUGACGGCUGACGGCCUGGAAGUCACCAUGGCCACCAAUCACUUUGGCCAUUUUCUCUUGGUAAAUCGCCUUAUCGGUUUGUUACGCAAACACAAAUCAAGUCGGGUUAUAGUGUUGGCAGCUUCAGCUCACUACAUGCUCUCCACCAUCACUCCCAAGAAUUUGAAUUUCGAACGUGCGAAAUACGGGGGUCUGCGUGCCUUCGCUCAGUCAAUGCUUUGCAACAUUCUGAUGUCUAAUUGCUUGGCUGACACAACGGCUCAUACAGGCAUGACCGUCAAUUCCUUCUGUCCGGGCAUGGUAUUAUCAGCACCUUACAUUAGAGGCAGCAAUUUCCUGGCGCGCCUCUACUACGUCUUACUUCAGUUCGUUACAAGGAGUGACCAAGAAGCGGCUAAAACCAUCGUUUAUCUUGCCGGAUCGGACGAAGUGGCCAACGUGACUGGUGGAUUCUUCGCUGACUGUGCUGAGAGGAAAAUGACAGGUCUGGCGAGCGACAUCGGUCUGGCAAGGAAGGUCUGGGAAAGAAGCGAGGCGAUAGUACGUCUUGCACCUGUUGAUAGUCCUUGACGAGGAUCAUUAGACUUUAGAUCCGAAGAUCCAAAGUCUGAAACCCUAGAGUAUUUCUGAAAGAUUCUCGAAGAUGUCUGGUCUGGCUUUGGAAAGUCUAGUGAAGAGAGGUGGUUCUGAGACUUUGACCACAGUGGAAAAGAAGGUGCGAAGUGUUAGCUUAUGGAAAUGGUUCAAAAAAGAUUCUAAACCUUUCAGCAGUCAUUCGUGUGGAUUUGAUAUUCACUGUGGACCCCAAAAAAUAAUACUAUUACUAUUACUGUAGUGCCAAUAAUAGCAUUAUCAUGCAGGAUGGAUUUAGCCCUUGGGGUCCCUCAACAGAAAAUAACAUAUGACAUGACAAAUAAAUAAAUGAAUUUAAGUGUAAGAAUAAAUAUUUUUACUGUAAGAAUGUCGUGGAUUAAUAUUUUCAAUUUUUAGUAUAGGAAAUGUUUAUGUUGUAUUACACUAAUUACACAAGUGUUAAUAAAUGACUGUUACCUUACCAACAUUUUUGCAUUAGCAUGGUUUUAUAGAUCAGUUUAUGAUUAUAACUUCUAGAUUAACACCGUUUACUAUUUUUUUCUCAGAAUUACCAAACUGUUGCUAGUUAGGUAAUUCAAAGGGGGUACCGCCUUGCGAUGGAUAGAGCACCCUGCCUUUCUGUUUUCUGGUGUCCCACACAUACUUUGUUGAUUUUUUGAAAUAAUAAAACCAAUUUUAUAAUUGCUACAUUAUUUUUUCUUUCCAAAGGAAGACCAUAGAGGGGUACGGGACAAUUGUACCCUACACCCCCUAUAACUCCGGCCCUGUUAGCAUGUGAUGCAUGUGAAAAGUAGAAACCGUUGCAAAUGUUUUGUGACAUGACUACUAUUUUCUUGUGUCUGAAAGUUUCAUUUCUGAUCUGAAAUUUAUCGUAAUUACCAUCAUUGGCGAAGUAUAUACUUUAUCCCAU